AUGGCAAACCCUGCCACCAUACCGACACCUGUAAAAGAUGUCCAGGGUGAUGGCCGUUGGAUGAGUAUGGUGAGUAUACCUGGGGGUGGGGCUGUCCCACCAUGCAGUACCCCCUUCAAUUUACCUUGGGGAGUCUGCUGUGGUGUUCCUGUGACUUUGUACCUGUUCUCAAAGGGAUACUCCAGAGGUAUAGUGAUAUAGGCAUGACUGGAAGAUAUCUUGGGGGUUCAAAGUUUGCAUUAUUAUUUUUUUUUUUGGUGGGAAUAUUUGGAAAGCAUAUUGGGUGCCUAAUUUAAGUAUUAAUUUAUGGGGUAUUCAAAACAAUCUGAAGAUUGGUACUGUGUGAGUAUACCAGCCAUGUAGUUAUGCCUAGUACAACCAAACAUUGAACAUUUAAUGGGAAUAAAUGUUUUGACCAGGGACGUUUUGUCUUUUGCUGAAAGCCCUGGGUGCUUUUGUGUUUUUUUUGUUUUUGACCCAUGACUUUGACUCUUGAGUACCCCCCAGACCCUAUUCAACACAAGGAUCUAUACUUACUGUACAGAAUGAAAAAGGAGGUUUUUUUUUCCUCUGAGGCUAAAGAAUGAAAGGGAAAUGAAACUUCAAAUUUCGUAAGUUGGAAAGGAAACUUUCAAAUUUCAUAAGAGGGCCAUACUGCAGAAUCAGGUCAAUCACAGCAAUGCAUACUAACUGAGAGAUAUAAUAAGAUAUUACAUUACAAUAAAUCAGAAAAUUGUUUUAUGAUUUAAGAAUAGUUAAGCAUCACAAUUGUUAAAAUUUGUAGUAAUGGUUAACUCAUUAAUGUUUUUCGCUCCCUAUUAAAUAGCAUGAAAGAUUUUUGCAUGAGGCCAAAGUUUACCCAUGUGAUGUUUUAUUCAUUGGCGACUCACUUAUACGGAAUAUGUUUGAAACUGAGGUAAGGGAUCGCUUGGCCAUUAUUUUUUAAUGGAAAUAAAUAUUAAAAUUGAACACUAACAUUUUCUUUUUCAAUUAUACAUUGUAAAUUUAAGUGAGACACCCGAUCUGCACAAUCUGAUUGGUUCUCCGAAUAUCCUCGGCUUGUCUAUCACUACAAAAUAAAUAUUUCAAAUUACUUAAAUUAUUGAUGUAACUUUGAUAAACAAGGACCUCUAUCGUAACUUUUGAUGAUGUUACUCUUUUCAGGUAUGGGAUAGCAAUUUUGCACCAUUAAAUUCCUUGAAUUUUGGAAUUGGAGGUGACUGUACUGAACACAUACUUUGGAGAAUAGAACAUGGUGAACUAGAUGAGGUCAAAGCCAAGGUGAGAAUAUAAUUUGCCUUGUUUUUUUCUUAUUUCAUUUGUAAUAAUUACAGUAGCACAAAUUAAUUAUUAAUUUGUGCUACUGUACUCCAGUAGAGAGUAAAAUGUGACAUUCAGUCAGUGGCUUGGAAGUGGAUUUAGGACAUAUUAGUUUCAAUCAGGUUAUGGAUAUUUUUUGAAAUAUUAUUAUUAUUAAUAUUAUUAAUUAUUUUAAAAGUUGUGUGUUCUUAUUAGGUAAGAUUGCUGACUGCUCGUCAUUUUUCCAGCUGUGUGUUAAGAAUGUGUUCACUUUUUCAGGCAUUAAGGAUUGAAAGCGUGUAAAAUUUCUAACUAAGGGCCUGUUUCCAUGGAGGUGGAAGACCGCAGACAGGUGAGGUAACAUGUGGCUGGUCACCCCACCUAUCAUGUAAACAUGAUCAAAUUAAAAUGAGAGAUUAUAUGGACAGGGGAGUUACCCCACCUAAGCAGGUUACCUCACCUACCUGGGGUUCCCUACCUCCAUGUAAACAGGCCCUAAAAUACUUAUGUGAAAUACGUAUUGAAAGUUUAUUUCUAUCAUCUUUCAAUUUAAGGUUGUGGUGUUAUUGGCUGGAACAAAUAAUCACCACAGUUCUGCUGACCAACUUGUAGAGGGAAUUGAGGCAAUUGUUUGGAGUAUCUCAAGCAAGUUACCCGCCGCUAAGAUCAUUGUCUUGGUGAGAUAAAUGUACAGGGAUACCAUCUUCAUUAACUGUAAAUUCACAGUCACCAUAACCUUAUUGACUAUCCUAACUUGAACCACUUUACUUCUUAACCUAAAGUUCAGUUAAUAAGCCUUGUUUACAGUCAACAAUGUGGAAAACAUAGAUUCUCAGAUCUAAAACUUUGUGCAAUCAAAAAACCUAGCGUAAUUGAUUCAGGAGAUCUCUAGGGUGUGGCAUAUUCAUAUACCCACAAUUUUUUAGGUAUGAAUCACUUUCCAGAGAUUUUGAAAGGAAUGAAUUGAUUUGAAUAAGGUAAAAAGUUAAUUUGUCAGUCAUGCCACCCAUAUUAAGCUAAUACCUCACCACUGUCAUGAAUAACCUGGCAAUACCUUAAUAUUUCCAAGAAGAAAUAUCAUUUGUCUGACUCUCAUAAUCAAACAGAACAAGUCAAAGCAUUACUUAAUGAAUGUUAUGGUAUUUUCAUUAUGGUGUGUGAGUAGCUCUGGCUUUUAGUGCUAACACGUAAGGUUUAAAUGACUUCAACAGAUGGAAUUUUCUCUGUUUCAUAGAUUUAAUUCAUGUUUUCAUAUAGACACGAGUGUUUUACUGGAAAAUAAACCACUCGUAAAAUUCAUAAAAACUACAUCCAUGACCUGCGUGGUUUAUUUUCCAUAAUCUUACACGUGAGUUUAUCGAUGACGUAAUUUCGGUCAUUUCCCUCUAUUAUUUUAUUGAUGUCUUUUUGUCUAUAUAAUAAAAAGAACAUUACACGGCGGCUUGAAGAUAUGAAUUUUAUAUUCUCGUGGCAAAAACAAUAUUUUACUCACUCGCUGCGCUCGUUCGUAAAAUAUUGUUUUGCCACUUGAAAAUAAAAUUCAUAUCUUCGCGCCACCGUGUAAUAUCCUCUAUUUUUUUUUUCGUUCAUAGGGUCUCUUACCCCGGGGUAGGCAACCAAAUCAUCUUCGUGAAAAACACUUUCAAGUAAACCAUGCCAUCAAGGAAGUUAUCGAAUCCAUCCCUAACUCACUAUAUCUUGAUGCUGACCCAGGUUUUGUGAGAAGUGAUGGUUCAAUCAGCCAUGAGGAAAUGUUCGAUUAUCUGCAUUUGACAAGAAAGGGAUACAAGAAAUUCUGUAAACGUAUCUAUGAGGUGGUUCUUAAGUUUGUCAAGUACCCUGGUGUUAACUCUUAACUUCAGUCAUUUUUAAAAGUGAUACAUUUCAGUUAUUUAUAUGUAGUAACAUCUUGUAAUUACUAAUGUAAUAUCCUGAUGAUACUCAGGGAAUUACUUGGGGAACACACAAGACACCUUCAGGGGUUUCCUUGGGAACAACAGGAAGAAAUGCAAAUUCUCAAGAACUCCAAGGAACUCAUGAAAAAACAGUCAAGAGAUUUUUAUGGAACUUCUAGGAUCACUAUCCUGUUGACAAGAAAAUAUUGGGAAAUCCUCAGGUCAACCUGAGGACAGUUUCCAUGGUGUUCUUAGGGCCCCUGGGGGAUAUAUUAGGUCACUUAGAGUAUGCCCGAGAUCUAGAAGCUAGACGUCUUAUAUAAUUACCAUCAUUGGAUCCUGUGGCGUAUUUUUUGUGCUCUUUAUCCUGGCCUAGUUAAUCUUCAAGGGCUUUGCCAUGAAAGCACAUUGGGAUUCCUGUGAAAUGCUUCUGUAUUCCUCUCAUAUCCCAGUGGCGGAUCCAGGGGAGGGGCCUGGGGGGCCCAGCCCCCCUCCUCCCCGCCUCCUCCCCCUUAUUUUAAGAGGAAACUGAGGCUGUUAAUCCUACGUCCCAAAGCUGGCUGCAAGACAAUAGGUAAAAUCAAUGAUAUCCAACACAAAGCAAGGUGCCAAGUGGUACUUCUUUGAAUUUACAAUUUCUCUGGUAUUAAAAACCCAUAUAUCUGGAUAUAUGGGAAUUCAGCGGAACCUCAUUAACACAACCCCUGUUGAGCAAUGAAAAGUUGGUUGUGUUAGAGGGCUAGUCUCACAUUAUGACAGUGAGCCUUUCUAAACUAUGGGAUAACAAUACAUUAUCGACUAUCAAUCUUUUGGUUUCAUACAUAGACCAAUUUUCGUAAGACCUUAAAAUGAAAACACAAGAACAAAACAGAAACAGCAAACCAACGGAAAUAGAGCAAUUUGAUUGGUUUAUUGAACGGAUAAAAACGCGCGUGGCUUUUGAUUGGUUAAAUGAACGCUAGGGUGAAAAAACUUCGUGCCCAAAAACAUUCUAGAAAUCAAUCGAUACCUCGCUUUGACGUCAUACUGCGACACGAUUGGCCAAUCGAACAAUGCCUUCUCCAUGUUAGAGUUUUCUUUGGCGGGAAAACGAAGAGUCCAUUUUCUGAUCUUUUCAUCUGUUGACGGAUAAAACAAAUAACAAACACAAACCGAAACCAUUUUUAAGGUCAUACAAAAAUCGCUCUAUCACUUGAAUUCUUUCAAUUACGCACGUAGACCUAAAGGUCUAGUAUUUAAUACAGCUAGCCAAUGAAUUGUUGGCUCGUUUGAAUAAGCGCACUUGCAACAGUGAAUCAAUGUGACAUAAAUUAUUGCCCUAGAUAUUUUAAAAGCCAUUCAUAUCGUACGUAAUACGACAGAAUUGUGCUUAAAAUGGGUAUUCAAGAUAUAGAUGAAAAUAUAUUAGUGUUAUUGUUGCAAAUAGCACAGAAAUGUCAUAACGCUACUCACUAGAUUCAGUUUUAACUGUAUAUUUUUAAUGAAAAUUAUCUAUAGUGGAGCCUAUGUUAAGCAAACUAACUACUGAAAUUAUUUGAGGUCUUUGAGAAGAAAA